AUGGUGAGGAUACAGGUAACCUCACCAUGUCGUCCAAGAGGAAGAAAAACGAUAGUUCGGACGAAGAAAGUGAUGAAGUCGAUUGGCAGAAGAGAGAUGGAAACGAAUCGCUCGGAGCUGACAGAAGCAGCUGCGAAGAAUGAAAAGCUAGAAAGAGAAUUGAAACAUGUUAACGAUAAAGUCCUUCGAUUCCAAUCAAUGAUGAGUGCCAAAGGUGUUAUCAAGUGGCUUGAAGAAGAAAAGCGAAAUGACGCUAUACGGAAAAUGCCGCUUGACGUGAAAGACGGUGCUCGACACGACCGAUGGAAAUGGAUCUUCGAUAAUGAUAGCAAAUACGAAGUCUAUCUAUGGAAUCCCGACACUGGAGAAGUUGGGCUUCUUGCUGAAGCAAACGAGGAUACGGAUCUUAUAACUGCGAUAAAAUGGGCAGUCGAUGGAAGGUGUUUUGCCGUUGGUGGCGAUACUGAAAGGGUUAAACUCUACGAUCCUACUAAAAAUAAGAAAUUGCGAAAACUCGAUGCCGAGUGUGUUAGUAGAGCCACCUGCAUGGUCUGGAAAGAUCAUAUUUUGUGGAUUGGAUACAAAAGUGGUCAAGUCAUUCCUCACGACGUCCGAAUAAGAAAUUCGGUUGUUGGUGUGCUUGAUGGGGAUUCACAGCUAGUUUGUGGCAUUCAUUGGUCAAUCGAUGGAUCUCAAUUGGCCACAGGUGGAGGGGCCAAUCUCGUCAACAUUUGGGAUGCCCAACUUGUCAACACACUCACCCGCUUUUUCUUUGAA